AGUCGUUUCUUCAUUCUUCUUUGAAAAAAAAUAAUAAUUUGUUCCUCCUCUUUAAGAUGGGGAGUCCCAACUCCCAAACCCAAAUUUUUUGACCAAAAAUAUCGAUUUCUCUUCAGCUAUAUUCCCAUCUGGGUCUUUCACUGUUAAACCAAACAUGGCUUCUUUAAAGUUUUCUUGCCCUGCAACCACCAUUUGUGGAUCUCAGGGAUUUAAAGUUUCCAGACUGUUUGAUUCACUGCAUUGUGGUAAUCUGUAUUCUGUGAAUGGCUGCCCUCUACAGUCCUUUAAUCGUCGGAGUGCUAAAGUGGGAUUCACUACAAAAGCCAAUGGAAGAGUUAAAUCUGUUGUGUUAUUUGGUGAAGGUGGCCUUCUUCCCAAUUCAAGUGGCAAAAAAUUUUCUUGUAAUGCUCUUAUCAGUGAUGUGUCUGGCGGAGUUGAAGUACAGCCUGAUACUGUAGAUUUUGGAGCACUUGCAGCAGAUAUGGCUUUGACAACCAGUGGUUUUGCUGUUAAAGAUGAUGAAUUUGACCUGGACCAGUCGUCAGAAGGUUUCUCAUCUAUUUCGGAGGCCAUUGAAGACAUUCGUCAAGGAAAGAUGGUUGUAGUCGUAGAUGAUGAAGAUAGAGAAAAUGAAGGAGACAUAAUAAUGGCUGCAUCAAAAGUUACUCCGGAGGCCAUGGCUUUCUUUGUGAAGCAUGGAACUGGAAUCGUUUGUGUGAGCAUGAAAGAGGAAGACUUGGAAAGAUUGCAGCUUCCUCUCAUGGUAUCUCUCAAGGAAAAUGAGGAGAAACUUUGUACCGCAUUCACCAUUUCGGUGGAUGCAAAACAUAAUACAACCACUGGAGUAUCAGCAAGAGACAGGGCAACAACGAUAUUGGCUCUUGCAUCAAAAGAGUCAAGGCCUGAGGAUUUCAAUCGCCCUGGCCACAUAUUCCCAUUGAAGUACAGAGAGGGUGGUGUUUUAAAAAGAGCCGGACACACGGAAGCUUCUAUGGAUCUUGCCAUAUUAGCAGGAUUAGAUCCCGUUGGAGUUCUAUGUGAGGUUGUUGAUGAUGACGGUUCUAUGGCUAGAUUACCUAAGCUUCGGCAAUUUGUUCAGCAAGAAAACCUCAAGAUUAUAUCUAUUGCUGACUUAAUCAGGUAGUUUAGUGGAGUACUUUUUUGAAAUUGUU